CGAAGCCGGCAAACCAUGCGCUUUGCAUGUCCACGUCCACGCGCCUUGCGCGCCACCCUUCCUGCGGAACUCACUACUGGAGGCUGAGGUCGCCCUACGAGAAACUCCCUGUUGCAAAAUAAUGAACAACAAAUUUGACGCUCUGAAAGAUGAUGACAGCGGUGACCACGAACAGGACCAAGGCUCACCGAAAGACAGUGAGAAGGAAAAAAGUGAAGAUGAUGACAAGGAGCAGAACUCUACACGGAAAAAGAUGGUGAUCCCAGGGGUGGGUGAGCACCCUCUUCAGUACAACUACACGUUUUGGUACUCCAGGAGGAACCCGGGGAGGCCAGCCAGCACUCAGAGCUACGAGCAGAACAUCAAACAGAUCGGCAGCUUCGCUUCGGUGGAGCAGUUCUGGCGUUUCUACAGUCACAUGAUUCGACCAGGCGACCUAACGGGCCACAGUGACUUUCAUCUCUUCAAAGAAGGCAUCAAACCCAUGUGGGAGGACGACGCCAACAAAAUGGGCGGCAAGUGGAUCAUCCGUUUGCGGAAAGGCUUGGCGUCCCGCUGCUGGGAAAACCUCAUCUUGGCCAUGCUGGGCGAGCAGUUCAUGGUUGGCGAGGAGAUCUGCGGCGCCGUCGUGUCGGUCCGCUUUCAGGAGGACAUCAUCUCCAUUUGGAACAAAACAGCCAGCGACCAAGCCACCACGGCCCGCAUCAGAGAUACACUCCGGCGAGUCCUCAACCUGCCCCCCAACACCAUCAUGGAGUACAAGACACACACAGACAGCAUUAAGUAUGUAUGUCUCCCAUCAUUUUUUAUUACCUUUAACCACACGAUCCGCCUCUGCAUGCGCACUUUGUGCAACUCUUACUCAUUUAUGUUACGAAGGAAUACGAAGCUUGUAGUCACCGAUUCAUUCCUCAAGUCAGUUAUUGAGCAGUCUAAUAAAUGUGUCCAGAAACUUAAAAGUUGCAUCUUGAAGUUGACAUGUGUGUGGCGACGCCAAGUGGACAACAAC